UGCUAGGUGUCGCUGUUUCAAUUAUGUUCGGUCCGGAAAAUGUUGCCCCGCCUUAGAGAGAAACAGAUAAUUUUUAGGAUGUGUGGGGGGUGGGGGGCGAGGAGAGGAAAGAUAUGGAUGGGAAGCAAAGAGCAAAAGUUGUAGAUUCCCCCUCUUUCAAUAAUCAUGUCAGCUGCUGCUCAACAAAUCUCCAAGAAGAGAAAAGUCGCUGACGGUGUCUUCUACGCUGAACUUAACGAGUUCUUCACUCGUGAACUCGCCGAAGAUGGUUAUGCCGGUGUUGAAGUCCGUGUCACUCCUGCCCGUACUGAAAUCAUCAUCCGUGCUACCCACACCCAAAACGUUCUUGGUGAGAAGGGUCGCCGUAUUCGUGAAUUGACCACUCUUGUCCAAAAGCGUUUCAAGUUCCCCGAGAACGCUGUUGAACUUUACGCUGAGCGUGUCCAAAACCGUGGUCUCUGUGCCAUUGCUCAAUGUGAGUCUGUCAAGUUCAAGCUCCUCAACGGUUUAGCUGUUCGUCGUGCUUGUUAUGGUGUCGUCCGUUUCGUUAUGGAGUCCGGUGCCAAGGGUUGUGAAGUUGUCGUUUCCGGUAAGGUUCGUGCUGCUCGUGCCAAGGCCAUGAAGUUCGCUGACGGUUUCAUGAUCCACUCCGGUAACCCCGCUCGUGAAUACAUCACCACUGCCGUUCGUCACGUUGACUUGCGUCAAGGUGUUUUGGGUAUCAAGGUCAAGAUCAUGUUGGAUAACGAUCCUACUGGUCGUAACGGUCCCAAGCUCUCUCUUCCCGAUAUCGUCACCAUCCUUGAACCCAAGGAAGAUGCCAGAAUUGAAGAGCCCUCUGCUCAAGACUUCAGACCCGCUGCUCCCGUUGUUGCCGCUACUGCUGAACCUGUUGAAGCUUAAAUCUCUUCUUUUUUUUCAAUUUAACAUAUAAACCAUCCCUUUUUUUUUUGAUACAAUAAAAAAAAAGUUAUAUUUAUUCUCUUGAUACUCUCUUCAGUUUUUUCAUCAUCGCAAUCUCUCGUUCACGUUGCUGCAUUUG